AUGCUCUCCACUCUCCUUCCCUUGGCGUUAUACGCUCUUCCCUUCGCUGCGGCAGGAUAUCAGCUCCCCGAUAACUGGCAAGAUCUAGCUCUCGCGACCUCCCCCGACGUCUAUCGUAAUUUCUCUUCCACCCAUCUGACCGCUCGUACUUCCACGACGACCACCGAAACAUGUGCCAAAGUCGCAGGUACUUGGGGUACGGUCAAAUACGACUUUGGAUGUUUGUGUAUGAGUGAUGUGGACGAUUACGCUGCCGACAAUCAUAUCGAUAAUAAUAUCGUCUCUUUGAUCAAAUACUAUAUUGCUUAUACCGGUGACACGAAGAGUUAUCCUAUCAACGCUCAACCCACUUGUGAUGGUAAAGGCGGUUUCGAUUGUGGUGAAUAUCAACUCUCCAACGGUGCUUGCGUUCGUCCUACCGUCAACACCGUCGUAUGUCCUUCCGGCUACUGCUUAAGCAGUGGACAUUGUUGUCCUCGUGGUCAAACCUAUAGCAAUGGCAAAUGUUGUGGUUCCAGCGGUUGUUCUCACUCCGGCACUACCUGUUCCCCUGCCUACUGCAACGGUUACACCUCCAACGGCGUGUGCUGUCCAUCCGGUACACCCUCAGGUGGGGUCGGUCAAUCUUCCAUCUGCUGUCCUUCCGGUCAAGUCGAAUCUAAUGGACAAUAUGGGAAAACUUGUGUCAGUAAAUGUUCAAACGGAAUGAAAACUUAUAAUUCAAACACUGAGAAAUGUGAAGCUAAAUGUAUCGCAUCGGAUGGAUACGUUUAUUCAGUAGGAUAUAACGGAGUUGGAAGAUGUUGUAAAACAGGUCAAACAGCUUGUCAAACUGUUUGUUGUCCUGUUGGUCAAGAAGAAGUCGGUAACACUGGUCAUUGUUGUUUACCAGGAUCAACUUAUUCAAACGGUCAAUGUCAUUCACCAACAAUGGUACCACGUCGUAGAAACUUGAAUCAAAAGAAAGAAAUCCAAACUACAAUCUUCGGUUUAGAAGAGAAUAAAGCUGCUAACCUUUGUCCUGUCGGUUUGGCAGCUUGUCCUAUUCCAGGUAGAAUGAACGAUUACGAAUGUCUCGACGCGAUGAACGAUCUUCAAUCUUGUGGCGGUUGUACUUCUAUGGGUACAGGAAUAGAUUGUACAGCUAUCCCUGGUGUUAGAUGGAUGGGAUGUAACGUUGGUAAAUGUGAAGUUUACAGUUGUAAGGCAGGUUUCAAGAAAGUUGGAUCGAAUAGGUGUGUGAGAGUUUAG